GUCGCCAAGAUGAUGUCCAUGAACAGCAAACAGGCGCACUUCGCCAUGCAUCCGUCGCUACCGGAGCAUAAGUACACCACCCUGCAUUCCAGCUCCGAAGCGAUACGGAGAGCCUGUCUACAGACACCACAGCUGCAAAGCAACAUAUUCGCCAGUUUGGAUGAGACGCUCUUGGCCCGGGCCGAAGCUCUGGCGGCAGUGGAUAUCGCCGUGUCCCAGGGCAAAACGCACCCGUUCAAACCCGACGCUACCUACCACACCAUGAGCACCGUGCCGUGCUCGUCGACGUCCACGGUGCCCCUGGCCCACCACCACCACCACCAUCACCACCACCACCACCAGAACCUGGAACCCCCGGACUUAAUGGACCACAUUAGCUCGCCGUCGCUCGCCCUCAUGUCCAGCGCUCACGACGGUCCCGGAGGCGGGGGCGGUGGCGGCGGUGGCGGAGGAGGCGGCGGCGGCGGCGGGCUCAUUUCCAGCUCCUCCGCACCUGCACACGCACACGCGCACGCACACCCUCACAUGCACGGCUUGAGCCACCUCUCGCACCAGGCGGCCAUGAGCAUGAACUCGCCUCUCAGCCACCACGGGCUCUUACCGGGCCAUCACGGGGGGAGUCAAGUCGGCCCCGGGCUCACGGGCAGCGGGCUGCCGUCCAUCAAUGACUCCGACACGGACCCCAGGGAGCUGGAGGCCUUCGCGGAGCGCUUCAAGCAGCGCAGGAUCAAACUGGGGGUGACCCAGGCGGACGUAGGCGGCGCGCUCGCUAAUCUGAAAAUCCCCGGCGUGGGAUCGCUGAGCCAAAGUACAAUUUGCCGGUUCGAGUCGUUGACUCUGUCCCACAACAACAUGAUCGCUCUCAAACCCAUCCUCCAGGCGUGGCUGGAGGAGGCCGAGGGGGCCCAGAGGGAGAAAAUGAGCAAGCCGGACAUUUUCAACGGCGGUGAAAAGAAACGCAAGAGGACCUCGAUAGCGGCCCCUGAGAAAAGGUCCUUGGAGGCCUACUUUGCCGUACAACCGCGGCCCUCCUCGGAGAAAAUUGCGGCCAUAGCAGAGAAAUUGGACUUGAAAAAGAACGUGGUGCGAGUGUGGUUUUGCAACCAGAGACAAAAGCAGAAAAGGUUGAAAUUUUCCGCCGCCCACUGA